AUGGACUCUCCACCUCCGUUCAUCUACUGCCCCCCAGCCGGCGACGCCGACGACGCCGGCGAGAAGGCCCUCAUCAAGGCGGCCAUCGACGGCAACCUCGGCCGCCUCAAAGGUAUUGUAAAGCGGCUCACCAAAGGAAAUGGCGACCGGUCGGCGAUUUUUUCUUUCAACAACGAUGGACUCUCUGUGUUGCAUAUCGCGGCAAGCUUUGGCCAUCUGGAUAUUUGCAAGUAUUUGGUGGAGGAGCUCAAGGGAGAUGUAAAUGCUCCUGGACAUGGAGUAGCUCUAGGUGCGACUCCAUUUAUGGUGUCUGCUCAGUCUGGUGAUGUUGCUGCCGUCAAGUAUUUUCUUGAUCGUGGCGGUGAUGUAAUGAAAGCAGAUGACAAAGGACAAACAGUUCUCCACCAUGCUGUGGCUGCAGGAUGCUGCAAGGUAACAGAGUUCCUCCUUUCAAAAGGAGUGCCGGUCGACAUAGACUACGGCCGUGGAACACCAGCCUUUCUGGCUGCUGUAAAUGAGCAGGAUAAGACAUUGAAGAUUUUGUUGGACCACCAUGCAAACCCUAAUGUCAUUGUCAACGGUAUGGGAAAUCCUCUGUGUAUGGCUCUUGUUUACCGUUCAUUGAAGUGCAUGAAGCUACUCAUUAAGGCUGGUGCGGAUGUUAAUUGCAAGGGUUGUGCUAUGACUCCUUUGGUGUUUGCUACGGGACGAGGAGGUUAUACGAACUACAUUCAGUUCCUAUUGAAGGCUGGAGCAGAUCCUAAUAUUCCAGAUGAUUUAGGUAGGUUGCCAAUAGAGUUUGCUGCGGUGCGUGAUUGCAAGGAAGAGGUUGAAAUGUUGUUUCCUUUGACUAACCCAAUUCCAAAUGUCCGAAACUGGAGUAUUGAGGGAGUAAUUUCUUAUGCAAAAAUUCAAGAUAAAAAGCCGAUGGAGCAAAAGCACGUUGAAAAAAGAAAGGCUUUCUUAAAGUUACAGGCUAAUACGGCAUUCAAGCAGAAGGAGUAUAAGUUGGCAUCACAGUUGUAUGGUUUGGCAAUAGAUCAUGCAGAGAGUGCAGCACUGUAUGCAAACAGGAGUGUUUGUAAACUGCUCAUGGGUGAUGGUGAAGGUGCUUUGUCGGAUGCUCUCAGGUGCAGAAUGCUGCGACCUGAUUGGGCCAAAGCUUGCUACCGUCAAGCUACAGCUCACAUGCUACUCAAGGAGUAUAAACAAGCCUGUAAUGCUCUCUUGGAUGCACAAAAGCUGGAUCCUGGGAAUGCUGAAAUUGAGCGUGAACUACGGAAGGCUAGGGAACUCAUGAAGAAUCCUCCUGCUGAAGGCGAGCAGUGA